AUGGCCCCCUCAGUCCUCGAAACUCAGCCCACUGCCCCUCACGAACUCUCCAACCCCGCUCAGAAGCUGGUAGACAGGAAGAUUUUCCCGGACGGAAUCAAAACCUCUGGUCAACACCCCCCACUUUACCAUCAACUCAAACCAUACUCAGCAUUCCCCAAAGAGAUCACAGGGGAAACUGUCUGGAAGGCUGAAGACUAUACUAACAACCCUGAGAGAUGGGUGCAUGUCUUCGACGCUGAGGAGAUUGCUGAACUCAGCGCUGUUGCCGAUAAGUUCAUCGCCGAGAAGAUUCCUCUGACUGGUAUCUCCAAGGUUAGUGACACCUUCCCUCUGCCAAAGUUGUCGGUACUGCUGGCGUCCAUCCGAUCUGAGAUCCUCAACGGCAAGGGUUUCAUCCUCUUCAAAGGCUUCCCCGUCAACGAAUGGGGCAACCACAAAUCCGCCGUUGCAUAUAUGGGACUUGGGACAUACCUUGGCUACUUCGUCAGUCAGAAUGGUCGUGGCCAUGUGCUUGGACACGUCAAGGAUCUUGGCGAGGAUGCAACCCAAAUCGACAAAGUUCGAAUCUAUAGAACCAAUGCUCGACAAUUCUUCCACGCAGACGACUCGGACAUUGUUGGGUUGCUCUGCAUCACCAGAGCCGCCGAGGGUGGUGAGUCUGACAUCGUUUCCUCCCACCACGUGUGGAACACCCUUCAAAAGGAGCGCCCAGAUGUCGCAGAGACCCUGACAAAGCCAAUCUGGUACUUCGACCGCAAGGGAGAAGUCAGCGUUGGCGAAGAACCAUACAUCCGAACCUCAGUCUUCUACCUCGAGACCGGUGACAGCCCAAGAGUGUACUCGAAAUGGGACCCAUACUAUGUCAAGUCGCUUGAACGAUUCUCGAACGCGGGUAUCAUCCCUCCCCUCUCUCCCGAGCAGCUCGAAGCUGCCAAGGUGUUGGAGGAAACAUGCCACCGGUUGAGACUGCACAUGAUCUUGGAGGUUGGAGACAUCCAGUUCCUGAGCAACGAGCAUGUCCUGCAUGCCCGUACUGAGUACACAGACCCUCUGCCACCGGCGCCAAGACGACACCUGAUGAGAUUGUGGCUCGCGACUCCUGAGAGCGAGGGAGGUUGGAAGUUGCCAUUCCAUGAUUCGGCGGAGAAGAAGAGAGGAGGAAUCCAGGUCAACGACCAGCCGCCUGUUGCGCCUCUAGAUGCUGAAUAGUCGUAUAUAUAUAAAUAUAACAUACCUACCAUAGCAAUGCAUAUUGGUCCCCUUUACAUGCAAGGGC